AAAUAACCACAAUAAAAUUACGUCAGUCGAUUUUAAUACGCGUAAGGAGUGGGUGUACAAAUUAGCGCGUGAAAACUGUUUUUAUAUUUACGUUAAUGAAAAUAAUGUUAGUGUGUUACAAACGUUGUUAAAAAUUUAGGAGUGUUCGGUGUUUGUUUGUGGUUUGGUUAAUUGUAAAUAUAAAUAUGUGAGUGAUGUGUUGAUAAAAAUUUGUUUAUGAUGGAUGGCAAAGUGAAGUAUUACGAAGGUUGUGGACAGGAAGGGCCGAUUCGUUGUAUAUUUUUGUGUGAAUUCCAUCCGACCGCUGGGCCGAAGAUAACAUGCCAAGUGCCAGAAAAUUAUAUAUCAAAAGAUAUUUUUGAUACAGUCAGUCAUUAUAUCAUACCGAAAGUACAACUUCAGAGAUGCACAUUGACAGUCACCCUACUCGGGUCAAAGAUACUGGGCUUCCCAGUGAGGAUAGACAACAAGAAAUAUGCUCGCAACGCUUACUACUUCAACCUUUGCUUCGUUUGCGAUGCCUGGGCCAGGACUGUGCAUCUCGAACCUCUCGUCAAAAAGCUCACGGAAUAUCUGUUAUCUAUGGAACUGGAGACUGAAUGGCUGUCGAAGCAGUCUAUUUCUGGCGAAGCUAAAGCACUUGGCGGCCUCAUGCGGCAAGUGAUGCAGGAUAUCAACAGUCGGAGAAUGUGUACACUUACUGUUGGCACAACAACGACUCACUUGACUGUGGUCAGGGUGAACAGUGACCCUACUCCAGUUAAAGACCAUCAGGUUCCUGUGUUCCUCUACAGCAGACAUUCCUUCGUUGCUGAUCAGUGGGACCUGACGACAAACCAGAUUCUGCCCUACAUAGACGGCUUCAACCACGUGUCGAAGAUCGCAGCCCUGACGGACGUGGAGAUCAGCUUGGUGCGAGCCUGUGUGCAGAACCUCGUCUACUAUGGAGUGGUCACCCUGGUACCUAUCUUCCAGUACUGUGCUGUGUACAGUGCGACCCCUAAGUUAAGGCAGCUCACUCGGUGCGCGGGAUUGCAAAGACAGUGUGUAGAGUUCUGCGCACGAACACCCCGUCAGCUACCGAAAGUGAGCGAUAUAUUCCGUAUGUACGCGGGCAUGUCCUACGGCAGCACCAUCAGAGACCUCUGUCGGAGGAUGAAGCCUCAAGAGCUGGCCAUCAAUGAGAGAAAACUCGUGCUCUUCGGAGUUCUAGAAGGACUGAUUAGGAGGGUGUAUAAGUUCCCGAUAACUCUACACAACGACGAUUCGGCAUCAAUAAUAAGUGACCAUAGUCAACCACUCGUGCGCACGUACAACGGACUCGUGUGUCUCGACGAAUUAUGCUGUCAAAGUGGCCUCUCAGCUCUACAAAUAGAAGAACAGCUAGAGCGAGAUAGCAACGUCAUCUUCAUCGUCAAAUGAAAGAGACGGCAAGUGUUUUGUCAGUUACUACCAUAAUUUGGUGUUCCAUGAGCAUAAUGGUCUGAAGCCUUUUGAAGAUUUUACUAGGAAUUUCUCAUCUGUGAGAGGUAUACAGCUAUUCCUAGUGUCUAGGAGAAAAUAUCCGCACUUGUCACAAGUAAUUUUCAACCUUAAACACCAUUGAGAAGGUUUUAAAUACUUUUGAAUACGUUGUGUCAAGCUCGACGAGUGGACACUAUAACAAGUACCAGGUCCAAUUUAAAGACUUCUAAAAAACUUACUGCGUAAAUUUUAUAUAGAAUUGCGCAACAUUUUACAGACCUGCGCCUGCGCAUAAUCUCGUGUUCAAACCGAUAGAUUACAUAUAACUUCUUUUUAGGUACUACCAACAAUAUAAUUGGAUAGUAUCUCGAUACGUAUUUUAUUAAAAUGGACGAAGCCGUGGGCGAAACCUUAGUAUAUGUAGGUAUUUGUUGUUUUAUUCUGUUUAAGAUUUUAUUAUUGCAAAAAAGAUUGUUUAAUUCUUGUUAGAAAACUUGUAAAAAUAUGUAUAAGAACUGGGGACUUCUAAUUUCGUGUUGAUAUACUAUACUGAACUCUAUUGAUAUUGUAUUUAAUGUGUAUAUUUGCAAAUCAAAGUCAAUUUUUUGAAAUGACGUCAACGACCUGAAACCUAAAACCUUUAAAAUUCCUGAAGACUCCCACUACUUGACAGUUUUAAUGUAAAAAAAUAUUAGAAAAAGGACUUGAACUUAUUACCUCUGCUUACGCCACAUAUUUAAAGGCAUCAUGUUUAGUUUUAAGGUCAUAAGCCUUAAUUUUAUGCAAAGCUAAUAAUUUAUAACGACCAUAAAUGUAACAUUUUCUGUAGUCAAACACAUUGCAAACGAAAAUGAACUUUAUUGUUCUAAAAUAUGUAAGCGAUAAUCAACUUUAAGAACUAUAAAAAACGACCUAUUUUAUCUUGUCACCAUUAUAAAUAUUUUGUAAAUAUGUAAAUUACCUAAAUUAACGAUUUUAUUCUAUGUAUGUAUGAAAUAUUUAAAUACUUAAUAUAUUUCUGUAAAUCUAUGCAAUUUUAUACCCUAUGCGUAAGGUUUGUAAGACGAUUUUUAAUAACCUAAUUUGUAAAAAUAUUAUCUACCUUACCUAUUUAGAAAGCUAGUUAUUCUAUUCUUAGCCUACAAGCAAACGGUUUUACUAUAGAUUUUAAUACUAUUUUGUACUUAGGCCAAAAUUGAUAAUAUAUUAUUAUGAUAGGAGUGUCUUUGUCAA